GAUAAACUGCCCGCCUUCAUGAAACCGAUUUCACCUAAACGCGAUAUAUUCGGCCUUAAUAUUGCGCAGCAGAAUGCCUCUCGAUAAUUCCCGCUUCAUUUAAUUAAAUUCAAUGUAUCUUUGCCACUCUUCGAAGACUGUCGUGACAAGCAAGAACCUACUUUCACUUUUGCCACAAGGAAGUUGGCGCAAAUUAAGGCAGCAAAAGCUGGAUGUGGUGAGUCGACGACGUCCUGACUGAAUUUCUACUUUCGGCACUUUUUCCUCACAAGCGGUGAUAAUGGAAAGAGGACGAGAAGAAGACCAAAAUAAUCACACAUCAAGUGCAAAAUCCUGUGAAAAUAGAGAGAACGCCGACCUGGACGAAGAGGGUCUGUACAACCAUUCGGCCACACUCACCAACAGGCAGCGUGGGAAUGAAGUUAAUGCGCGUCCGGCGAAGUUAGAUUCUCUGUCCAUACAUCAGCUCGCCGCACAGGGUGAGGUUUUACAAGUAGCAGUGCAGCUAAGUAAAGACAGUUCACUGCUGAGCAAACAAGACGAACGGGGCUUCACGCCUCUUAUGUGGGCGGCGGCGUUUGGAGAGAAAACAGUGGUGGACUUGCUCUUGGAAAAGGGCGCCGACCCCAAAAUAGUUGCAAGGGACCAAGAAAGUGCGCUGACGCUGGCCAGCUCCGGAGGUUACGUGGACAUUAUCGAGGCUCUCAUUGGACGGGGGGUUGACGUCAAUGCCUACGAUUGGAACGGAGGGACUCCGCUUCUAUAUGCUGUCCGAGGAAACCACGUUAAAUGUGUGGAGGCGCUCUUAGCUAAAGGAGCUGACGUGACCAGAGAGUCUGAUUCAGGCUACAGUGCAAUGGCCUUAGCUGUUGCUCUCGGAUACAAAAAGAUUCAGAAGGUGUUGGAGGACCAUAUCCUGAGACUCUACAAUCCAACAUGCCGAUAAAUCAAACAGACACCUCGAAAGUACUUAUUUUUGUUUAGUUUGUAUGCGAGGCAUGAUAACAAAAACGGAACAAUAUUUGCCAGCCGUGCAGCGGGAUUGUUCAAUUUGGCUGGAGACCAGCGACAAUGAAUGUAAACAAGUUGUAAUAAAUGUUUUUUUUUUCUAUGGC